AUGAAGCUCCUCGUCUCUCUGUCCCUCCUGGCCUCGGCCGCCGUGACGGUUCUUGCAAAGGAUGAGCUUGGAAUCAAAGUCACCCAGGCCGUCAACUGCGAACGCAAGACAAAGUCCGUUUCCGGCCCCGAAGUUCCCCAGCAGCAGAUUGAAGACGUGAAGGGCGACACUGUGCACAUGCACUACAGGGGCACACUCGAGUCCACUGGCGACCAGUUCGAUGCCAGCUACGAUCGGGGCACUCCCUUAUCCUUCGCGCUUGGAACCGGCCAAGUGAUCAAGGGUUGGGAUCAGGGAUUGUUGGACAUGUGCAUUGGCGAGAAGAGGACAUUGACCAUCCCGCCCUCGCUGGGCUACGGUGACAGGGGCAUUGGUCCCAUUCCGGGCAAGGCAACACUCAUCUUUGAAACCGAACUCGUCUCGAUUGAUGGCGUUGAGAAGCCUGAGAAGAUUGACUACGUCAGCAAGGCCGAGGAGGCCGCAUCAAAGGCGACUGAGAAGGUUGCCGACAAGGUUGCCGACAAGAUCAAGGAGGCUGCGGAGGUGGUCAAGACUGUCGUCGCUGACUCUGAUGACGCUGGCCAGGAGCACAACGAACUCUAG